CAGUUCACAUCCUGAGUUACGUUCCAAAAUCCUAUCUUGGUUACUAAAAUGCAAUAUUUCACGUCACGUGUACUAUAGUUUUUGAAAAAUCCUACCUUCCCAAACGUAACCCUGAAAAUAUCUCCUUGCGUUCUUGCUUUGCCGCCAUCGCGUGCGCACUUCGGGAUUUGUCGUUGCAACAUAUUUACGUAUUUAAAGUUUUUUUUUCCUUUUUGUGUAGAUGUAAAUUUUUCUCUUUCGAGAAAACGACUUCUGUCGGACUCUAUCGACAUAAUAAGAAAGAGGACUGUGUAACAUAACAUGUGGAGAAAUGGAUAAUUUGGAGGACAAUCCAGAUGAUUUUAAUAAGUUAUUCGAAGAAACGAAUGAGAUUUUUGUCACCGAAGAAAAUCCGCAAGAGUCUCCAGAGGAAACCGAUAAUGCUCUCCCUGUCGACGAAGAGCAGCGAGAAAAAUUGGUGCAAUUACCUUUGGGACGGGUAAAGAAGUUAAUUAAACUGGAUCCCGAAGUUUGCAUUGUCAAUCCGGAGGCUGUGUUUUUAAUAGCAAAAUCAGUGGAACUUUUCAUUGACUCGCUCGCAAAAGAAGCAUACAAAUACACCGUGCAAAACAGAAAGAGAACUGUUCAGAAACAUGAUGUAGAAACUGCCAUUGACAAUGUUGAUGCGCUUGUAUUUUUAGAAGGUACGCUUGACUAAUUACACUUGUAUUUUGUCAACCUAAAAUUAAGUCGGUUGUAUUAAAAAAAAAAAAAAAAAA